AUGGCCGGUCAAGAGACGUGUUCUCCGCUGCAGCAGCUGAAAAGCUUGGCUAUGCAGCAGUACAACAAGUCCAUCCAGCGUAUAAUACCCCACAUGUCCAUGGAGUCUGCCUUUGAUCUGCAAUGUACUCUUGUGUGCUGUUUGUUAUUCGUUGCUUUCGAGGGCAUCACUGGUCGAUAUGCCGAGUCGAUCCGACAUAUCCGCGCCGGAACGAAACUGCUCUCGUCGCCUCUUCUGAUCAACGGUGCGAAGGAGCAGAAGAUGACGAGGAAGCUUACAGAGGUGUUUGCAAACCUAGGCGUUGAGGCAUCGAUGUUUAUGGAGGACACCAUCAUUCCGGAUAUCCACUCUGGCUGUCUUGAUGUUCUGCAGAGCGGUGAUAUCUCGGACCAGCCAUUCCAGGACCUCGAUGAAGCAGCGAGUUACCUGCGCAGACUCGACGUCGAGACGGUCGACAUUAUUGCGCAAACGCCAUAUUCAUGUUCCAUGAACGACGACGGUCAGAUCGACGUGUUUACCCUCGACGCACCCCAGAAGGAGGAACUGGAAAGGAAAUGGGCCGAGAUGGAUGCCAAGUUCGAGGUCUGGAACUCGCGAUUCGAAUUGACAAAGAAACACAUCGCUACAUGGGAGUACCAAGACCUAGCAUCCCCGCAACUCACAUACCUCAACAUGCAGCAAACCUUUUGGCGAAUGGGCAUGUCCUGCGGUCCCGAAGACCUCUCUGAACCAACCCCCGACACCGCCGAGGCAUUCCUCAACGCCGCCGAGAUCUUCGCCCAGCGGCUCAUAACACCCGGCCAACCGAGCUUCUCCCUCGACGGCGAUCUAGUCUCUGGCUUGUCAGUGGUGGUAUGGUCGUGCACUGAGGGACCGCAUCGUGAUAGAGCGCUGGAUCUGCUGCGGAGGUUGAAUAGACGCGAGGGGAUCUGGGAUAGCAAGGAGAUUGUGCAGAUGCACGAGGCUGCGCUGGCGAUGGACGAUCCGAAGUUAUGGUAUAACAUGGAGAUUCCGGGUGGUGUGCCCGGGUUUGUAGCUGAGUUGGCCAAGAUUUCGCCGAGGUUUGGGUUGCAUCGCUCGGGGCUGUUGAUACCGGAUUUUGAUCGUAUUUAA